UUGAGCAUGCCAUAUGUGGUGUUUUUAGAAACCCUACUUUCUUGGUUAGAAUUUAACAUAAAUAUCUGGGUUUGAAAAAUGUUUGUCAGCACAACAAAAAGUGUUAGAGGUUAAUGACUUGUCAGACUGAGCUGACUGCUAAUGAGUAAUGUUCCUAUAAACAGAUCUGUCUAGCUCCAGCAUAACAUUUGUGGCAUCCUGCCAAAUGUUUUUAGAUAUUGUUUUAUUCAUGUCUAGUGCUGUGCUCUGUAACAGGAAGUACCCACUGUAAUUGGUUCAGCUGGGGCCAAAUGUGACGGGGCCCUGACCUGCACUGUUUUCUCUCUCUCUCUCUCUCUCUCUCCCCCUCUCUCUGUCAGUCAGUGUUUUUUGUCAGGAUGUACAGCUUCAUGGGAGGUGGGUUGUUCUGUGCCGGAGUUGGGAACAUACUCCUCAUUGUCUCCACGGCAACCGACUACUGGAUGCAAUACCGUCACUCCAGCAAUUAUAUGCACCAGGGCCUGUGGCGGUACUGUGUGCCUGGGAAAUGCAUGACACACACAGACAGCAUUGCGUAUUGGGAUGCCACCCGGGCCUUCAUGAUUCUUUCCCUGCUGGCUUGUUUCAUUGGCAUUGUGAUCGGAGUCAUGGCCUUCAUCCACUACUCCUCCUUUGACGGGUUUGAUAAGACAUUUGCAGCCGGCAUCCUCUUCUUCAUCUCCUGCUUCUUUGUGUUGCUGGCCAUGGCUGUCUACACUGGAGUGACAGUGAACUACUAUGGUAAACGCUAUGGCAGCUGGCGGUUCUCCUGGUCCUAUAUAAUGGGCUGGGUGGCAGUGGUGCUCACAUUCUUCUCAGGUAUCUUCUACAUGUGUGCCUACCGGAUGCAUGAAUGCCCAAGAAACUCUAACUCACGCUGACCUGCCAAAGACUGCCAAACACAACACUGGUCCAUAAUAUACGACCGAGAGGAACCAAUAUCCCAAUGAACUUUCCAACUUCCUGUUAAACUAAAUAUUCAUGAUGAAGCAAAAUAAAUAAGAAAAACAAUGGCUUUGUUGUCUACUUUGUCUCUCUGCAUUAAUAAGACUUUAAAAUAUCGAUGUACAAUACUAUCUGUGACACCAGUAUCGGGCCUCAUGUGACUGUACUUGACAUCAGCAAGUGAAUUUGUUAGUUUAAGACUAGUUACUGUUUAGAGUCAUAUAUCUGUGUAUGGAAGAUGUAAUUAUUUCCAUUUGUAGCAGUAAAACUGGGGUGUUUUUUUACAAAGUUAUGAGUAAAGAGCUAAAUGACACACACGUGAUCAUUUAAUUUCAUGAUGUUCUACCAACAACAUCAUCAAUGUCCUAUUUAAAAACUAAGUGAACCUGAACUCAACAAAGACAAUCUUUAUCACUUGAUGAAGUGCUUAAUAAAUCUUUAUCACUGUUGAGGGAGUAUUGUAGCAGAUGUUACAGACAAGUGUGUGGGUUAGCUUUCAGAAGUUUAAGGACACAAUGAAGUGGUCAAAAAUUAUUAAACAAAAUGCAUUUAAACGUCUGUAUUGCAAUCUUAUUAAAAAAUCAAUUUAGUUCUCUUUAUAGAUAGGUAAAACUAUACUUUCUGACAGAUAACAUUUUUACUGCAAAAUCCACUCCACUUUACAAUCUUAUUAUUAUUAUUUUUUUUUUUUUUUUUUACGUGUCUUUUCAGGACAAUACUAGUUGUAAAUAAAAUAUAGACUAACUAAGUCUAACUGAAGGAGGACCACAUGAC